AUGCAGAGGUCAGAACGCGCAUCGGUGCACACGGUGCACUCGGUCGCCAACAGCAUCCUCAGCCGCGCUUCCAACUUCAUCCCCAUCGCCUACAUUCCCGGCGUCAUGAACAGAAACGGAAACCAAGAACACGUUCCUCCAGUCCCGCCGAUUCCUGCUGCUCACGGUCCUCCUGUCAGUGGUCGCUCGUCCGAUGGCGAAGCUCUAUUCUUUAGCCCUGCCGACCUUCGCGACUCGACAUACUCGGAUUCUUCGUCGUUGGACAACCGCAGCACCUUCUUUGGCCGCCCCAGCAUUACACCCUCGCUGGCCCGUAGCAGUAUAGCCUCCUACCGCGACGAUGCCGUGGCAAACCCCAUGCCUGCUCAAACCGUGCUGCGUGGAAAAGCAAAUGUUGUCAGUGUAAAGAGCGGAAACAGCGGCACACCCACCUCAACGCCACUUCAAACCACUCCCGCCGAAGAACUCGCGAACCCUCUGAACCGCAGCGCCAGCGGCAGAAAACUAAACAUUGUCAUGCCCUCCUCCAGCGAUACCAUCCGCCCCGGUUCCUCGAACUCGUCCUCAUCACAACAAACCCUCAGCAGUGCCAGCUAUGGCAAACCCACUCUACUCACCGUAGGCGGCUCCAAAGCAAAGAAAGGCCGUUUCCCUGUCUCUUCAUCCGACUCUUCUCCCUCGCAAACAAAGCCCAAUGUAUCCUCUCCGCUAGCGAACUCUGCAGCAACAACUCCAGAUGAUGAAAUCGAUGCAUCGCCAUUCUCAGAUGCUGCGUCUAUUUCUCCUCCGCCGGCGAACAAACGUACGCCAGGAGGGCUGUCGGCUGUCAUUGAAGAGACGGCCAGUAUGAGGGGAAGCCUAGCGGCACGAAGGCUAAGCAAGCAAUUGGCGCAGCAGGUUCCUCGUGGCCAGAGUCCUUUCGGGGAUGAGCACGAGGCUUGA